AUGAUCUCGGACGCAACCUCCGCCAAUUUUUACGCAUGGGUGCUCCGCCCAUUAAGGUCUGGCUUUGCUGUGGCUCGCAACAAGUUCUGCCUCGACUCUACGCUCUCUGGUCUUACGCCAAGUGACCCCCACUCCGCGGCCCAGAUCAUUGAGCAUCCCACGUUCAAGCGCAGCCUUCGCCUAGCUGUCAUGCAGGUGGAGCACCCCCGACAGGCCUCGAUGAUCGUACGCCGCCUCCAUUUGCAAACUUUGAGCGGCGCCCCUCUGGUAGCUCUCCUCGACUAUGAAGAUCAACUCUUGGACGCCCUCUCGCGGCGCGCUGUGGCCGAGUGCACCCAUGCCGUUGAAACCCGGACUCAGCCCGGGUGCCUCCCUGACACGCUCAUGCCGUACCUGCGCGAAUUCUAUCCCUUGGGUGUGCGCAAGCCACUGCGUGUGACUCUGCACGGCGAUCCGCCCAGCGCUGUUGUGCAUUUUGCCAGUGCAGCACUUGCCGAGGCGGCCUACACACAGCAUCGAUCUCCUGCCCUUGCCUUUUUGGGUGAUACCGCAGUUGCCCGCCCGGCGUCCCCCCCAGUCAACCCUCGAGCCGUGGCUGAAGCGCGUGCCGCUUCAUUUCGACGCCACCUCCUUGCCAAAGUCCGCAAGACACUCUUUAGCAACGUCUUGCGUGCUGUUACUCGCACACUGCACCGCGAGGUGGUUGAGCCAAAAAUUGACGACUUGAUUGCCAUGCAUGUCGAUUGGAGCCGCCAUCGUCGCGAAAGCAAGCGCCAACGUCAAGAACAAGCCGAUGAAGCUGCACGCAGCGUGGAGCAAAAAGAUCUCCACUCUGUUGGACUCUUGCCCGCGGGCUACCAUCCAAACCCAUCGCCGCCCCGCCGUCGUCUUGUGUCUUCGGACAAGUCCGACGAUGAGUCAUCGGAGGAUGAGGACGCCCCGCAGCGCCGGGACUACAUUUCAUCCAGUUCAGAGGACGAGCAGGACAUGGACGUGGAUGAGGAUGAUAAUGAUGGCGAUGCAGACAGCAUGCCAGACAACGAAGACGCAUCUGAGCAGCUGGCACGGCUAACGCAACGCCGCGCUGAUGCCGCGCGUCGCGCCCAAGAGGCUGAACUUGAAUCAGAAGCUGACAAAGCCGCUCGAGAAGCCGAAGCAGCCGCCCAAGAAGCGUUGGACAAAGCCUUGGACGAGCCGUUGCGUACCCCCGUUUCCCUGGAUCAACCAGAGGCUUUGGCGCAGGCCCAGCAGGAAAUUGAAACGUGGUUGGCCUCGGCAACAGCCGAGGACGUGGAAUUUGUGAUUGCAGCACUCUUCGCGCAAACCGAUCGCAAGGCCAAGGACCAUGCUCCUGCGUAUGCCACGCAAUAUCUUCCAGCCUUGCUGCGCGCUUUGCGUGCCGAACUUGCUAGUCUUGACGCUGAGUCGCAGCUCAUCGCGACUUCUGUCGAGCACAAGCCAACUGCCGAGCCGAACGAACUCUCAGAACCGCCCCAAGUCCCCAAGGUCAUCCCCCAUGCUACUGGAUGCGCCCGUGCCGAAGGCUACUACUUUGUUUCAGCCGAAACCAAGCGUGCCAAUGUGGCUACCGGCCGUCAACAGGUGCAAAAGGUUGCCCGCACCGCCACGCGUGACAAUCGGCGGCAGGCUCGUCACGUGACGAGCGCCCUGGCCUCGACCGGAAACAUGAAUUUGGCUGCGGAAGUGGGCCUAAUUCAGCAACUCAAGGAUAUCCCGGCCAAUGAGGUUGUCAUUGAAUAUGUGGGCGAGGUGAUUCGCCAGUCGGUGGCCGACGAGCGCGAGCGACGUUAUACUCAAGUCAAAAUUGGCAGUUCGUACCUUUUCCGCAUUGACGAGCUCAACGUUAUUGAUGCCACACGACGCGGGCACAUUGCCCGCUUCAUGAAUCACAGCUGCGAUGUUGGUUUACCGCGCUCAAUUCCGAACACCCCGUUUCAUCCAAAGGUUUUUGAGUCUCACGACGAGAAGCACAUUGUUAUCUACAGCAAACGCGAUAUUCGCGAGGGCCAGGAAAUCACUUACGACUAUCAGUUCCCCAUGGAGGACGAGAAAAUUCCCUGCUAUUGUGGCGCAGAAAACUGCAAAGGCUUUUUGAAUUGA